CACAGCUGUUCUCUGGAGUAAAAUAAACACUUCUCAACAACAUAACCUUGUACUUCAGAUUUUGUCCUCUUCGAGGCUGAAAUGAAUCAUUAAAUUGUCGAAAGUGGCGAUCUCCGCCCAAAAAUGGAAAGGCAGUUUUUCCACAAGACAGUUCAACACCUGGCACGAUGCCUAGCCGCCAUAAAAGAAAUCGAAUGGGAGAAGCUGCUGCCCUUAAUCUCUUUAUGCCCCGUCGAGACUACGAGUGGUGUUUUUCGAUUGAGCAACCGUGACCAAGAUGCCGUAAUUGCACUCGGAAUCUACCUACUAGAAUCGGGUCUACAGCAUUCGGAUAAAAUCAUCUCCUAUCUACUUUCUUUGGCGAGAGGUCUCAUUAAGGCAAUCUGGAAAGAUGAGAUUCGCACAUAUCCUACUGACCGUAUACCGAUCGCAGAGAAAUUCAGUUUCUGCAUCCACACGCUACUUUGCGAUCUCGCCGUUAAGGCGGAGACGUUUCGCGAGGAAAUCAUCAACUGUCAGGUUGACUGCUUCCUAAUACUCGUCAGUACCGUUAAAACGAUACAAGAACAAGAUGCGAUCACUAGCGGUACCAAGCUGCACCUUUGCAAGAAUAUCUUGCCGGUACUCGUCGGACUUGCUCGAGCCAUGGGCAGAUUUCACAUGUCCGAUCCGGCUCUCUUUCUACGCCUCUUCCCGAAGGGCGAGCCACCGAUCGUACCGAACCGGACCGAAAAGCCGAUCGUUUACAAGCGGAGCGUCAGCAACUUUCGACCGAUCGUCCCUCGCAGCCUUUCGGGAAAUCUGACCGCCGCGCUCGACAUCCUCGCGAUAACGCAGUUGUUACCGUUGAGCCUACCAUUACAAACAGCGCUGCCAAUACUGGGCUACGACGUAACGGACGUGGCCUUCAGCUCGGACCAGUCGCCGAACCAAGGCGCGACAAACGUCGACUUCUCGACCUACUUCUUCUCGACGUUCGGCUCGAGCUUUAACCAAUUCCCCCACCUGCGCGUUUCAGAUGCGUCCGAAAAGAAACCGCGACUCCUCUUUCCGGUAAAUCACUUACAGACGAUCCUCGGUCUGGCGAAGAAGCUGCUGACGAAGGACAUGCUCGCGUUUAUGGACGAGCAGUCGCUCGAGGUGUACUCCACCGGGAAAAUUAAGAUAUUUCCGUAUAAGACGUUUUCGGAAACCAUAAAUUUGGUUAUGGUUACGCUACUGCAGGAGCUGCUGCAGCCGCAGAUGGAUCUGCCGGUUCCUUUCACUAAAGACGUGCAGGAGUUCGUGAAAGGACUCUUUCUCAACGGACAAACCGAGCUGCAAAGUCGCAAUCACGACGCCAGCGAAAGGGAGGAGCGCGAAAGUAACUACGCCCUCAUCAACAAAUUCAAGUUGAACGUAAUGGCGAACGCGGCCUGCGUUGACUUGCUAGUGUGGGCUAUUAGGGACGAAACCGUCGAUGAAGAUUAUAAAAUUUCUUCCCUUCACAAUGCGCUGAACCUCAUAUUAGGCGCCGAUAGCUUGUGCGGGCGGCUAACGGAGAAGAUCAACUCCAGUAACGGGCACCGUCUCAUUCUGGCCCACAUGCCGUUACUGAUGGUGUGCCUGGAGGGCCUCGGAAAGUUGGCGUCCAAAUUUCCGAACAUCGCGUCGACCUCGAUCUACUGCUUGCGUGACUUUUUAAUCACGCCCUCGCCGAUUUUGUUCAAAUUACACCGGCAGGCCAACGAAAAGACCAAGGAGUUCAAACUGAACGUUAGUGGCGCGCUUAGGCCGGAGAUGAAGCCGUUCUCUUCAGUGCAGUGGGCCUUUGAGCGGCUGCGCGACGUUGCAAUUGAAAACCUGUGCUACGCGUUAGAGGCGGCACAUACUUUGGAUCCGGACUGUGUACGCGCGCUCGUCGCGAGCGUGUCCAAUCGUCUAUUUACAGCCGAAAAGAGCGACAGCGAGUCGACGUUGAUCUCGACGAACAUCGUGAUCAUGCUCGGGCAUGUCGCCGUGUCAAUGAAGGGGAUGCCGAAGACGACCGAGACAAUUUUGCAGUUCUUUCUGCAGAGAUUUUGUCGCGUGCCAUCUGCUCUUGACACUUUGAUCGUCGAUCAGCUCGGCUGCAUGAUUAUCGCCCAGUGCGGGCCGCACGUCUACGAGGAUGUAAUGAAGCUUUUUACCAUGAUUACUGUCGAGAGUAGCAAUUCCGCUUAUGGGAAUGUCGCCGAUGAUAAAAAACAAUACCGACACGUUUCGUUGCCCGUUGUGAACGCCUUGGCGAACAUUGCCGCCAAUAUACAAGGCGAACAUCAAAUGAACGAACUGCUAAUGCGCCUAUUGGAGCUGUUCGUGCAGCUGGGAUUGGAGGGGAAGCGCGCGUGCGAAAAAUCGCCCGGCCUAAAGGCGUCGAGCUCCGCCGGCAACCUGGGCGUUCUCAUUCCCGUCAUCGCGGUCCUGUUGCGUCGCGUGCCGUCGAUCGCGAAGCCGAAACCUCGACUUCACAAGCUAUUUCGCGACUUCUGGUUGUACUGCGUCGUUAUGGGAUUUACGGCUUCGAACUCCGGAUUGUGGCCGCAGGAGUGGUUCGAGGGUGUAAAGGAGAUCGCCGUAAAGUCGCCGUCGUUGGUCUCGCAAACGUCGCGCAGCUCCGAGAUGCGCGAGCUGCUUUACACGAGCGCCGUACGUAAUGACAGCGUGUCCUUGACGGAAUUGCACGAGCUUCGCAUGCAAAUUCUGGAUCUGCUCAAGAAUUCCGCUGACGUGUCCGCCUUCGUUAACAAGCUCUCUUUCACUCAGUGCACUUUUUUGCUGAGCGUCUACUGGGUUGAAACUUUAAGAGUUGAGCACUCCGGCGAGCCGAGUCUCCAACCGAUUAUGGAGUAUUUGUGCGAUUACGCGCUGCAGAAGGACAAGAUGGGCAUGUGGCAGUGCGUGUCGUCCGUUUCCGAGCGCCUUUUUGAAAAGUUCCUCGAGGCGAUGGCGAAUAAACCCAAGGACGCCGCGCGCGAGGCCGACCUGGAGCAGCACGCCCAAUUUCUGCUCGUGCACUUCAAUCACAACCACAAGCAGAUUCGUCGAAUCGCCGAUAAGUUCUUGGUUAGCCUCGUCGACAAGUUUCCGUACUUGUUGUGGAAUCGACGGGUGCUGUGGACGAUGUUGGAUAUUCUACAAGUGCUGUCGCACUCUCUACAGAUUAAUCACAAUCAGGAGACGCCCACGCUGAAAAUUCCAUCGACGCCCUACUCCAUUCAGCUGAUGGACACGUUGGAGGCGCGCGAGAUGAUCGUUAAGGACUUCGCGGAUUACUCAAAGCGAAUCAUGAUGCAGGCAAUGACUUGGGCGCCCCAAUGGACCCGAUCGUACAUCGUGGAGUACUUAAACCAGAUACCGUGGUCGGGUAUGUGGCAUCACUCCGGAUUGGCCUUGGGCAUCGAAACUGUCCUCCAAUACACCAGCCUGAACACGACGAGCGCGUCGCUCAACGUGAACAUCUUGGAGCGUCGACCGAACUGCGUCAAAAGCGACGCGUCGAGUUUCGCGUCCGCCUUGAAUUUACGCAGCAAGUAUCACGGGGAGGUCGCAGGAAUGCUCCACGUUCUUGGACCGCAAGCACGCAUCGAGCUUACGGAGAAGCUGAUCGAGAACGUGUGGACGGCUUGUAGGGAGAAGUCGGAUUCCAUUCACCAGGAGGCGCUGUGGCGCGCGACCGCCAUGUUGAUAUCGAACGCGGUGCUCGUCCGCAAAUUACUGCACUGCAUCGCCUGGUCGCAAGUGGAAUUAUUUACCUCUAAAGCGAUGCGGACCGCCGUCGAAUGUUGGCAGUGGUUAGUGACCGCCCGUCCCGAUUUGGAGAUGCGCUUCCUACAGGACAUGAUUUCGGCGUGGAAUUGUACCGUACAAAAGCGGUUGGGGUUGUUUUCCGUCAUGCCCCCGGAGGUGAACCCGCUGGCCGUACACGAAGGGUGCAAGUUGGAGCCGAACCCGCCCUUCGUAAAACCGCACGGAAUUUGGUUGCAAUUCAUAAGCGACAUGAUCGACAUCGCCAAGUACAACAGCUACGAAAAGGUCGAAAUGUUCGCCAUGCUGAUCCACCGUUCGCUCACGAUGACGGUCGGCACGAAUCCUCCCCCUCAAACUCGCGACGUGUCCGCCGUCGGGGUGCGCUUUAAACUUUUAGCUUGCGGCCUGUCGCUGCUGCAAGGCGACGUACUCCCGAAAAACCUCGCGAAGAACGUCCUGAGGGAACGCAUCUACUGCAGCUGCCUGGACUACUUCUGCAGGCCGGUCUGCUGCCCCACACAGGACGCGGAGGACCUGCGCAAAGACAUCGACGCGCUAAUACGAUUCUGGCAGAACAUGUACGCCGAUAAGAAGUACCUGAAGGCGAGCGACGUGGGCGAUCUAGACAUCGGCACGAGCACGACGACGCCGCUGAUGGCCUCGCUGCACACGCCCGAAAUGGCGAGACCAAACGAGUUCAAUCGACCGACGACCGGUUGGAUUAACACGGUACCGUUGUCGAGCAGCACCGCGACGCUCAGUAAGCGAUCGGCGAAAUCGAAGCGCAUUCCCGUCGCCGAUAACUUCGUCAAGUGCUACAUUAAAAAACGGAAUCUAAUUUUGGGGCUGCUAGCGGUCGAAAUUGAAUUUCUCAUCGUUUGGUACAAUCCGAGCUCGCGGGCCGAACUAAUGAUGCCCGGCACGGGAAACAUGGCGGCGUGGCGUGCGAAGACCAUCACCGACAAGCAGUGGCAGGAUUACACGCGCCUCGCGUGGGACAUAUCGCCCGCGCUCGCCGUCUACCUACCGGUAAGGCUCAAGAAUUUGGAUCCGAUCAUCAACGAGGUCCGCCACCAAGUGAUCCAAAAGCCGAUCAGCGUCGGUCACAUACCGGAAGCGCUACAGUAUCUGGCGACAACGGACACGAUCCUAAACGAUAAUCCGAAGUUGGUUCAUAUGCUCACCUGGGGGAAGGUGUCGCCCAUACAGGCGCUGUCGUACUUCAGUCGUCAGUACCCUCCACAUCCGAUUACCGCCCAGUACGCCAUAAAAGCGUUACGUUCGUAUCCCCCCGACGCAGUAUUAUUGUACAUUCCUCAGAUUGUUCAGGCACUUAGGCACGACACUAUGGGAUAUCUAGUCGAAUAUAUUAAGUACAUAGCGAAAAUCUCGCAAGUGGUCGCGCACCAAAUAAUCUGGAAUAUGAAAACGAACAUGUAUACCGACGAAGAAAUGCAGCAAAAGGACGUCGUUCUAUACGACGUGCUCGACUCGCUGUCGAACAAGAUCCUCUCGUCGAUCUCCGGCCCGGCCAAGCAGUUCUACGAGCGAGAGUUCGACUUCUUUGACAAGAUAACGAACAUUAGCGGCGAGAUCAGGCCGUAUCCGAAGGGGCCCGAGCGCAAGCAGGCCUGCCUGACCGCGCUCGCCAAGAUCAAGGUGCAGGCCGGCUGCUAUCUGCCGAGCAAUCCGGAGGCGAUGGUGUUGGACAUCGAUUACAAGAGCGGAACGCCGAUGCAAAGUGCCGCCAAGGCGCCGUACCUGGCGAGAUUCAAGGUCGCGAGGUGCGGAAUAAACGAACUGGAGAAUAUUGCUAUGGCCGUUUCGAGCAAUCAGCAGAGCUUAACUACGAACAGUGCGAUGUCAAUGGGACCGGAAACAUGGCAGGCCGCCAUCUUUAAGGUGGGAGACGACGUUCGCCAGGACAUGUUGGCGCUGCAAGUGAUCAGCAUAUUUAAGAACAUCUUCCAACUGGUCGGCUUAGAUCUGUACCUUUUCCCGUAUCGCGUCGUCGCCACCGCACCAGGCUGCGGCGUAAUCGAGUGCGUUCCAAACGCGAAAUCGCGCGAUCAGUUGGGUCGACAGACCGACAUCGGCAUGUACGAGUACUUCCUGAAGAAAUACGGCGACGAGGGGUCGAAGGAGUUUCAAAGCGCGCGCAGGAACUUCGUCAUGUCAAUGGCGGCGUACAGCGUCAUCGGUUUCCUACUGCAAAUUAAAGAUAGGCACAACGGCAAUAUCAUGUUGGACGUUGACGGGCACCUCAUCCACAUUGACUUCGGGUUCAUGUUCGAAUCGUCACCGGGCGGGAACUUGGGCUUCGAGCCCGACAUUAAAUUAACCAACGAGAUGGUCAUGAUCAUGGGAGGCGUGAUGGACGCGGAACCGUUUAAGUGGUUCUGUGAACUGUGCAUUCAGGCGUAUCUGGCUGUGAGGCCGCAUCAGGAAGCGAUCAUCUCUCUCGUAUCCUUAAUGUUGGACACGGGCCUGCCUUGCUUUAGGGGUCAAACCAUCAAUCGAUUGAGGACGCGCUUCUCGCCGAACGCAACAGAUAAGGAAGCGGCCGCUUACAUGAUGCAGGUCAUUCGCAACAGCUAUCAAAGUUUCAGGUCGAAGACGUACGAUUUUAUUCAGUUCUAUCAGAAUCAAAUUCCUUAUUAAAGUAUUUCUGUAAAUUGGUGUUACUAGUUUAGGGUAGGUGGUUUAGGCUGUGCCAAAGUAUUGCAAUUUAGUGAUUUAUGUUUCAGCAUUAUGUGUAUAUUGUAUUGACAAAUAAAGUUAUAUUUUUGUUUUUGUUUAGAA